GCAGGUGUUAAUCACGGCAAUUACAGCCAACAAAUUGAAAACUGUAAACUGCAAACUGCAAACUGCACUUGGGAAGUCGCAGUUGGAAUGUUGCAGCCAUCAUGGUUGGUGGCUUUGCUGCUGCUCCUGGCAGCGCUACUCCUACAUUUUGAGAAUGCCACUGGUAAGCCACCCACCAAGGAGCUGCCCCGACCACUGACGCCCCUGGCCGCGGAGGGGGAUGACACGGAGGCAGAGCCCAAGAUGAAAUUCCAGAAGAUGCGGAACGGCCGCUCACGCCGCCCCACGCUGAUGGACGUGGCCUUGCAGCAAAGCGUGCGGCAGGGUCUCGACGCCAUGGCCGAGCUCUACGGCCGCAUUCAGCCGGAGAUGCUGCGCAAUGGUCAAACUCUGCAGGACAACCAUCCGGCCGCGAUGCUUUCCCGCUUCAAUGCCCCCACAACGGACUCGGAGCGCCGGGAGAUGGCCGCCUAUGCCACCAUAGCCGCAGCCAAGGCCUUUCGCAAAAACUUCCAGCAAAUCGAUGAGCUUGCCCGGCAGUCUCAUACGCAGCGAAUCUCGCUGAGGCGGACCGCCCUGGAGGGUCUGUGUCCCCCCCGGGAUCCACCGCCCUGUAUGCCCGCCUCGGAGCGGUACCGCACUCACGACGGCACCUGCAACAACAAGCGGCGGCCUCGAUGGGGCGCUGCCCAGAUGCCCUUUAACCGCUUCCUGCCGCCGGAGUACGGUGAUGGUGUCGACACCGUAAGGAGUUCUGCGGACGGCAGCACCCUGUCCUCAUCGCGAUUCGUGAGUCUCCUGGUGCACGGAGCCCGGGAGGGCGAGGCCCCACUCACCCUGAUGAUCGCCCAGUGGGGCCAGUUGCUUGAUCACGAUUUGACCUCCACUGCCCAGCCCCGCUCCAUCAACGGAUCCAUUCCCAGUUGUUGUGGUGGCAAAGACUUUCAUCCAGCCUGUUUUCCCAUUAAGGUGCCGCUGGACGAUCCCUGGCUGGCACCUCUCAAGGUUCGCUGCUUGGAGUUCCUGCGAUCAGCGCCUGCCCAAAGGCGCGAUUGCGUAUUAUCCUGGAGGGAGCAGACCAACCAAGUAACCUCCUACAUCGACGCCUCCCCAAUUUACUCGAACAGCGCCAAGACGUCGGACAACGCUCGAGUGUUUCGGCAUGGCUUACUCAUCUACGGGCGAGGAGAUCCCGCCGAGGAUGUGUGCCAACGUGGAGCCAUAGCCACCAAGUGCAUACGCUCCGGCGAUGGGCGUAGUGGCGAGCAGCCAGGCCUGUUAGCCAUGCAUCACGUUUGGGUGGGAGAGCACAAUAGGAUUGCCCUGGAGCUGAGCGAAUUGAAUCCGCAUUGGAGUGACGAGAAGGUGUAUCAGGAGACGCGACGCAUUGUGGGCGCCAUGUUCCAGCACAUUACCUUCCGGGAGUUUCUGCCCCUCAUCCUGGGCAGGGAAGUGUGCAAGCUCUUCGACCUGGAGCUCCUGUCCUCCGGUUACUAUGAACGGUAUAGUUCCAAGGUGAAUCCCACAGUGGCCAAUGCCUUUGCCGCUGCUGCCUUUCGGUUUGGCCACUCCCUGGUUCAAAAUUCCUACACAAGAUGCGACCGCCACCACAAUGUGAUCAAUAACAAUGUCAGCCUGCAUGAGGAGUUCCAACGUGGUGAUAUUGGCUCGGCGGGCUCGCUGCAUCGCCUUUUGCGCGGAUUGGCCACCCAACGCGCCCUGAAGAGGGACGAGUUCAUAACUCCAGAGCUGACCAAUCACCUUUUCCAGACUCCCGGCUUUCCCUUCGGCCUAGAUCUGGCUGCCAUCAAUAUUCAGCGGGGAAGGGACCACGGAAUCGCUCCGUACACCGCCUGGCGAGUGCCAUGUGGCCUGAGCGCCAUCCAAAGUUGGGAUGAUUUUGCUAACGUAGUUGGCCCGGAGUCUGCCAAACGUAUUGGCCACGCCUACCGUAGUGUGCACGACAUUGAUCUCUUUGUGGGCGGCAUUGCCGAGCGACCUGUAGUGGGUGGCUUGGUGGGUCCGACCUUCGCCUGCAUCAUCGCCCAGCAGUUCAGCAACGCCCGGCGCGGAGACCGCUUCUGGUAUGAGAACGGGGGCUUCGAGAGCUCCUUUACUCCGGCCCAGCUGCACUCCCUGCGCCGCGUGUCCCUGGCCCAAGUUCUUUGCCGAACAGUAGGAGGAGGCACCCUUCAGCCUCACAUUUUCAUCCCAGCUGAGUUUGAGAACAACGAGCGUCAAAACUGCGGGGUGGAAAGCCUAGCUCCAAUCGAUCUGAGUCCCUGGCUUGAGCAAGAUCCCUUCCACAGUCAACAAGUGCCAGAGCAUGUCUUCAGCAUAGCCCAGUCCGAACUGCAGAUAGUCAAGGAGGACAAGGCGGGUUUCUCGAACCGGGUGAAGCCCUCAAAGCCACACGUUGAGCUCAUUCCUAAUUCUGUCUCCGGUUUCAAUCGACCUACAAGUGGAAACGCGAGCAAAGUAAGCGACAAACUCGACCUAAAACGAAAGACAGUGACCACGAACAGCAACAGCAAGAACAGACCGACUACGGGCACCCGAAAACCCGUCACUGGGGUCAACAACAAACUGGACAAGUCCCCCAAGAUUACCAUUAACAUAAAGAGCGUUAACGUUAGACGACCAGAGGGUCCUAAGCGAAGGGUCAUCAUCAACAAUGUGCCCAUCGAGCUGAGAAGUUCCGCGGGGGGAAAUGGUACUCAUAAUGAUACUGACGCAGGUGCUGGAACUUCGACAGCGGACGGAGACAUAAUCGAAAUGGAGUCUGACGAAAUGGUUGACUUUGAAGAAGUGACAGAACUUAGGGCCAUAAAGGGUGACUUGGGCCAUAACACAAAGACUGAAAAGGACGGACCAUUGGAACAGGCUACAAACACUGAACCCCCUACGAGACCUUCGAAACCUCCGCAAUCGGAGAGACGUGACGCGAGAAAGCUUCAAACGACACUCGACUCCCGACUAUUGCAUUUACAAACAAAUCGUUCAACGACACUUUCGGAUACCCAGACAAGAUCUACAGCAAGCUUGGGAAGAUCCACUCGACUUACUAAAGCCCCCAAGACGACCAAGCCCACUAAAAGGGGCGUGGAACUGAGACAGUACCAGAGCAGACCGAUUUACGAGAGACCGCACGACAGACCCCAGAAGGUGGUGGUCAACGGACCGAACUCCGACCAGUACGAGAUCGAGAUCAACAUUCGACAGACGAACAAGAGCCCCGGAGCACGACCUUCGACGACGGACUACUCGGACUACACAACAGCCCACAAACCGUACUAUACCUCUAACUACGCUCCGCACUACGUGGACUAUGCCAGCACGACUCCAAUUCCCCUGCCAAGCUACGGCUACCACCAACCUUUAGAGAUUACCACCCAAGGGCAGAGGACCAAACCGCCGACAAUCAUCUACUUGAACGACAACGACGACAGACGGACUACCACCAGGGCUCCAAACAUUUUCCAGAACUUUUUGACCUUUGCCACGAAUGGCUUCAAUCCUCUAGGGAAUCGCCGGCCAGCGCCUACCACUCCUUCGGCCAUCAGCCAAUCUCAUACAGAGCGUCCCCUUUUCGAGAACAACGUGGUCCACAGUCCCAUAAGCAAUAGCAACUCCCACAUACUAACGGGAUCUUCCUCCUACUCGCCUCGGCCUUCUUCGGUGCACUCCUAUCCGGUUUCCACCUCUUCGCACAUCGGGGGUAAUCCCGAAUCCGGCUUUUUGCACGCCUCCAGCAGUGCCGUGAGCGCAGGGCACUUUGGAAGCAUCUCCGGAGUGGCCAGUGCCAACGGAGCGGAUAGCACUUUUAGCUUCAAUAUACGUCCACGUCCUAGUCAGGAAUUCGGAUCGGUUGUGAGCUCGCAUCCUCGUCCCCCACAGACCCCCAGUCACGGGUUCGUGGGCGGAGGCUCCUACGGCCUAUCAUCUCAGUCGGCCUAUAGACCGGACUAUCCGCCAGCCCAGAGCGAGUUGUAUUACGACAGAGAACUUAGCACCGACAGAAACCCCAGUCCGUUCUCCGGAUCCUUCAGACCUCAGACGCAACACCAGACAUUUUACGGACGGACGCCCGAAGUGAAGGAGGUGGGCAACAACAGCAACGAUUUGACCCAGACGGAACACAAACUGUACUUACAAGACUACGACUACGUGAGCCGGACGCUAUCAAACUUGACCUCCGACGAAAACAACCCCACACAGGACGAAGAGGACUACGUAUACGACGAGGAAGUACCUAACAAUGAUCUGGACAUGUCGGCGACACGUAAAGACCAGACCGACAUAACCACCAAGAACUUCGACAAGGACGGCUACAUGCGACCCCAGCUGAUGCGAGACACGACCGCGAAAUCGAACGGAACGAACGUUACCUCACUGGACGACAACUACGUACUGGCUAUGCUGGAGAACCAGACUCGGACCAGUUACGUGACAGAAGUGCCCAAGCCCAUGCUGUCCACCUCCAGUCGAACCGUGACGAACAGCAAGGUCACGGUGUUUCCGGACAGCCUUGGGAAGCAGUUGGGCAACGACAUAUUAGCCGACGAGACGGACGACUACGACGACCGAUCACAGGAUGCACGGCAAAAGGCCCAGAAGCUGAAGCAGCUGGCUAGUGUGGCCUUCGCGCCAAUUACCGUACUGACGAAGCCAGACCGGCCUGACAACUGGGUGAUAUUCAACAAGGCCAGCGAGGAGCCACCACUGCCACAACCUCCGGUUGUCAACAUGGACGCGGCACCCACUGGCGAAGUGCCCAUGCCAAUUAAAAACUUUAACAAUGCCUGGCGGAAGCAGGAUCUAAAAUCUAGCCCAGAAGCAAAGCAGGAUGAAUCAGUUUCCAGCACAAUCUCAGAAGUAGCUACGCAACCCACUGAGGAGUCCAAAGCACGGAGCGCGUCAACCACUGAGGCAGCAGCGGAAAGUAACUAGAAAUGCCAAAUUAGCCCUAGAUUACUUAUUUAUUUACUUAUCCUACAAAAGCAUGGAAUAAAAUUCAACUAUCUGA